AUGGUGGCGCGUAUCGUAGCCCUGCUGCUGCUCGUCCGGGCAAUGCGUUUAAUCGCACUCGAUAUAUCUCAAUGUAUCGCUCCCCUCGGGAUGGAAAAUGGAUUAAUACCCGACAAGGACCUAACCGCCAGUUCUUCAUUCAACGACGGCAACGUGGGACCGCAGAACGGACGGUUAAACCGAGAUAUAAAAGGCGGCGCGUGGUGUCCCAAGUCUCAAAUAACAACAGAGUCCACGGAAUGGUUGGAGGUGGACCUGCACUCGGUACACGUGAUCACCGGUACCGGUACGCAGGGCCGCUUCGGCAAUGGCCAGGGCCAAGAAUACGCCGAGGCUUACGUGCUCGAGUACUGGCGCCCAAAGCUGGGCAAGUGGGUGCGCUAUAGGGCAGCCGACGGACAAGAGAUACUUUCGGGAAAUACAAACACGUAUUUGGAAAAGAAAAACCACUUGGAACCACCGAUAUGGGCUUCAAAGAUUCGCUUCAUCCCAUAUAGUUCUCACCGGCGCACUGUUUGUAUGAGGGUUGAACUCUAUGGCUGCUACUGGAGCGUGGGUAUUGUUGCGUACUCAAUGCCGAAAGGAGACAAGCGUAGCAACGGAAUCGAGUUGACUGACAUGAUAUACGAUGGCCAAUGGGGCGAGGAACUCAGAGGUGGCUUGGGUCAGUUGGUGGACGGUCAAUACGGUGGUGAUGAAAUCCGGGAGGCGGCUCGCAACUCCGCCUGGGUCGGCUGGAAAAAGGAGUUAAGGCCCAACCCUCCCGUUAUUACUUUCGAGUUCGACAAAGUGCGAGAGUUCAGCGCCGUUCAUUUGUACUGCAACAAUCGAUUUAUGCGCGACGUUCAGGUAUUUUCCGAAGCGAUAAUAUCCUUCUCCAUCGGGGGCCGACAUUUUCAAGACGAGCCGAUACGCUAUACUUACGUAGAAGAUAGCAUAUUCGAGAACUCGCGUAACGUCAGUAUAAAACUGCACCAUCGGAUCGGAAAGUGGGUGCGCAUUGAGCUACGUUUUGCGGCUAGCUGGAUACUCAUCAGCGAGGUGGUGUUCGAUUCCGAUGUUGCACAAGGCAAUUAUACACCGGAGAGCCUUAAACCAUUAGGUGGAAAGGACAAAACGAAACUGACCACCAGCAAAGAUGUGCCAAUAUCAACCGCACAUCAAGAAGACCCACUGUACAUGGCCAUUAUUGUGGGGGUACUAACAGCUCUGGUGAUAUUACUGGCUGUGGCCGUCUUUCUCAUAGUGCACAGGCACCGACACAGAAAGUGCUUUGCGUCCCCGCUGGCGAAGUCGACCAUUUCCCAAAAGCGAACAGUCGCAGACAAUUAUAAUCCUUGCGGCACUUCACUGCCGCCCGAGAACAAGAUGAUAAUAGACUGCGCUUUAGAUGUCAAGUCGGAUGAAUAUCAGGAGCCGUAUCAGGCGCUCAAGUGCGCGCCAUACUUUAGUUAUAGUACAGUGUUGCUCGAGAUGAAAGACUUUGUUAAGGACUCCAGCACAGCUUUAUCAGACAGUUCAAAUUACGACUACGCGGUGCCGGAGCUGAGUUCGGCGCCGCUGCUGACGAAGCGGCGGCCCGGCGACAGCUUGUCGGGGCGCGCCACCGAGCUGCUCGGCGAGCGACCCGACCUCGAGCUCGACGCUCGCCGCUCCGCGCCCGCCUCAAUACGAUCCAAGCACAGCGCUAGGUCACAAAGCCAGCAAGAGGUGCUCAUCGAUUUAAAACGGCGACUCGAAACUACCAAUGUGAUUGAGUUCCCGAGACACAGGUUAAGGAUGAUAUCGAAGCUGGCCGAAGGCGCGUUCGGAACGGUUUACGUUGCUGAGGCCGAUGGGGUACCAGAGUACAAUGGUACUAUAACGUCAGAGAAAAGACUGGUAGCGGUCAAGUUUCUGUGUCACGACGCUUCGCCCAAGGAGAGGGAGGAGUUCGAACGUGACGUGCGCAUACUAGCGGCAUUAUCAUCGCCCCAUUUAGCGCGGGUGCUGGGCGCCUGCCGAUCGCCCCCACUCGCGGUUGUUCUGGAGUAUUUGGAGUUGGGUGACUUGUGUGCAUUCCUAAGGACCGCACCUCCACAAUCGACGUCCACUUUGUUACACCUUGCGACGCAAAUUGCAGCCGGGAUGCAGUACCUGGAGUCACUGAACUUCGUGCACAGGGAUUUGGCAGCCAGAAAUUGUUUGAUCGGUAAAGGCUACCAGAUCAAGAUAAGCGACUUCGGCACGGACAACGAGGCGUACUCGUGCGACUACUACAAGGUGGAUGGCAGGAUACCACUCCCGCUACGCUGGGCUGCGUGGGAGUCGGUGCUCUGUGGACAGUACACCACUAAGAGCGACGUGUGGGCGUUUGCUGUCACACUGCACGAAAUAUUCACACAGUGCAGACGGAGGCCGUAUGAACAUCUCACCGAAACAGAGGUGCUAGAGAAUCUGUCGCACUUGCAAGCAGACGACGGCAUAUUCGAGUGUAUCGAUCGCCCGCCGGGCUGUCCCCGCGAUUUGUACGAGCUUAUGUGCGAAUGUUGGCGACGCGACGAAUUGGAGAGGCCUGCCUUCACGGAGAUUCACCUGUUUCUACAAAGGAAGAGCCUCAACUACUCGUCUACGUGA